AUGAGCGAGAGUGAGCCAAAGAGGGAGUUGGCAAUCCCUGCUGCAGAGUUGAGAGUUGUAGUUGUCGAUACAGAUUCUAAUGAUGGAAAUAAUAAUAAUAAUAAUAAUAAUACACAACAACAACAGGAUAAGGAAAAGGAAAAAGAGCCUGGAAAGUAUACUCUGGAGAAUUUAGUACGAGAGAACCUAAAGUUGAAGGAGAGAUUAAGUGCAUAUCAAAGAGAGAGAGAGGCAUUGUUAAAGGAGAGAGAAAAGUCAAGGAAGAACUUGGAGAGAGCAAGGAAUAUUAUCCUGGAGCAGAAGAAGACGAUAACAACACUCCAGCAACAACAACAAAACAAGAACAAACCAACAAAUGUCAUUGCCAAUCUAACUUCUAAUGCUGUUGCCUCGGCAUUGAUGCGAACAACAGAACAACAGAAACAGCAGCAACAACUAAGUACAAUGGCAACCACUCCAACAACAACAAACAAUGAACAAACAACGAGGAAAAAUGAUAUACAUCAUGUGGAUGUAAUUGAUGAGAAGCAGCUGCUAGAACAACUACCAUAUAAGCCAAAGGGAUUGGGAAUGAUCAAGAGUCUAUCAUUGUCCUCAAUAUACGCCCCAUCACUCUCAAUGUUCUCCAGUUACUUUGCCACUGCACCCAAUAAUGACAAGCUAGAGAAAGGACAAGAGAAGGAGAGUGUAGUGGAUGAUUCAGACGAUGAGGAGCAUCAUCACAUUGCAGCAACUGACAAAGAUAAGAUAUUGAUAGAGUUAUUGCGAGCCAAAGUGAGGAGACUGCGUGAGAAGAGGAAGAGAGAGUUGACAAACACAUUCAAGCUUGAGAAGGACAAACAAUCAUUAGAGGAGAUGACCAAGUUCUACAAAGACAAGAUCGAGUUGAUGGAGCGCAAGUACAAGAGUCCCAGAGUUAUGUCACUAUCACCAAAGACAUUUGGAAGACAUACCAGAAGUCCAAGGAUACCAUACAGUCCUGGAGUCGCAUCCAAAGUUGGCAACAUCAAUGGAUCAUCCCCAAAGUUGGAGAUACUUAUAUUAUAG